AUGGAGAUCGAGAGUAACGCCGAUGGCAGCGCCGGCAAGCGGAAUGGACAAGUUGAGCAAGAGGGCGAGCAUGUCGCCAAUGCCAAGAGGCUCAAGGGCAGCAUUGAGGUGGAGGCCUUCAGUUGCCGCGUCUGCGCUCAGCUCCUCAGUCCUCCCAUCUUCGAGUGUUCCUCGGUGUCUUGGCAUUUCAUUUGCUCCUCCUGCCGCGACAAGCUGCCGGCGGACAAGAACAAGUGCCCCUUGUGCUCCGGCGCCGGCGGCUGUGACCUCGCGCGCAGCCUCGGCAUGGAGCGCGCCGCCCGAUCCAUCCUCGUCGACUGCCGCUACGCCGAGCGCGGGUGCACGGUGAAGACGGCCUUCUACGAGCCGCGGGACUCCCACGAGAAGGUCUGCCCGCACGCGCCGUCCCUAUGCCCGGAGCCGGGCUGCGGCUUCGCCGGGCGGCCGGAGCAGCUCCUGGACCACCUCACCGGCCACCACGGCUGGCCGUCCACGAAGUUCGAUUACCCGGAGGCGUUCGAUCUCCGCGUCGACGAGCCGGGCGCGCAGGUCCUCUGCUGCAAGGAAGACGGCCAGCUCUUCCUCGUGAACGUGAAGCCGACCGCGCGGCCGCCGCCCGCCGGGCGCGUCGUCUCCCUCGUCGGCGUUCCGCCCUACCUCAAGCCCACCGGGUUCGGGUGUAGGGUGGAGUUCUCGUGCUUUUUGUCUCAUCGCGGCACGAUGGCGCUGGACGAUAUACAGCCCCUGCGGCUCUCCGACUGGCCCCCGGCGACGGAAUUCCUCUGCGUUCUGCCCGACAUCUCCGACAAGGAAAACGAGGCGAGUAGUGUCAAGCCGCUGGAACCCACGUUCAGAAUCAUGUUCGUAUGUGCUUCCUCUAAUGAAGGUGAGAGGUCGUGGCAUGACACUAUCUACAUCGAAAGCGACGAGGAUGAUAGUGAUUAUGAGGAUGACGAUUGA